AUGAUCGAUACAUUGCAAGCGCAGAGGCAGAAGCUGCUGGGCAGCGAGAGCAGACAGUCUCCAGACCAUUUACGCAGCUCCACCGGCAAUAACGUGUCGCUGUGUCCGAGUCUGUCCUACCAGGAGCGCGUCGUUGGCUGUGUGACCUGUUUUCUGCUGGGCUUUUUGUUAUCGCUCGGCGCGACUGUCCGUCUGGCCAGGCUAGCGCACGGGAAUCCAGCGCCAUUUGCCGUCGCCUACACGAUCGGAAACCUGCUGUCCAUCGGCUGUACCACGUUCUACGUGGGCCCAUGGAAACAGCUGCAGACGAUGUUCCACUCCAAGCGUCGCUACUCGGCCGUCGUCUACGUCGUCUUCAUCUUCGUGACGCUGCUGCUGUGCUUUUCCCAUCACGUUCACCAUCGAGUACUUUUUGUGCUGCUGUCAGUACUCGUGCAGUUUCUAGCCCUGGUCUGGUACACACUAUCGUACGUUCCUUACGGUCGAACAAUUGUCAUCGGCUGCUGCAAGCGCACCUUUAGGGUGUCUACAGAGAACGCCGAGGUGUGA